AUGAACACAGAGGUUUCCGAGCGGAAGGCUCGCCGGUACUUUAUCGGCAGCUCGGGUCGGCUAAAAGGAAACAAGGUUACCGUCAGCGAGCCCAAGUCUAGACCGCAGAAGCCAAAGAAAGACGAAGAUACUCACGUCACAGUGGAAUCUCCAGAGUUCCAGUUGUUAGUUAGACUCUAUGUCCCCGCCAAAUUACUCAUCAAGAACAAUAAAGUGCUGCGCAAACAGCUUUCCAACUAUCUUCCCGUGAUUGUCAACGAGACGGUUCCCGAACUCAACUUUGAGCUCCACAUAUUUCUCAGUUCGAUAGUUACAACCUACAUCUCGUCGUGGUAUUUGACCAAGUUGAAUACCGACAACUUCGACUUCUUGGAGGAUGUUUAUGGCAUCCUUUGUGACUUUGUUAAGGAUUUUGCUCGCAGAGUGCUGGCCAUUGUGGAGCUGCCUGAGCUUCUAGAUAUGGUGGAGGAUUGGGCUCACAUUCUAGAUAAUCAUAUCAGGCUGGUGCAGAUCCAGAACGGCGUAUCGUGUUUUGUGGGGGACUACUUGGAGAAAAGCCGUGAUUGUGUUCGUUCAGAGUACGACUUGUCUGUAGAAAGCAUCACAGACCGUUUCUUGCAAGACAGCCAUGUGAUCUUCAGUCAAGACGAUAAUUCACAAGAUGGAGGGUUGCCGAAUUUGGAAACCAACCCUUCUGUUUUCAACUAUGAUCAACGCAGCAAUUCGGAUGACACAAGCGACUCGUUUUUGAACUACUUGCGUGUGACGACUCGCAACAUCCUCGCAGCAACAUUCAGCCAGACUGAAGAAACGUCAUUUGUGGGACAGGGCCCCACCUCCUCGGCGAUCGCCACCAAUCUCUUGGUGAUUGUGGUUGGAGACUUGGUGUUUGAAAAGAUCAUCUCCAAACUAUCGUCUCCGCAGUUUAUCUUGCAGACCGUCAUUGGCAAUAUAGCUGGCGCUCUCGUCAAGACUAAGAAGCCCGUAAACACCACUCCGUUCCACCACAAGAUCUCGUCUGUGCUCCAGAAGGCAUACAUUAGCAUCACCAACAUCACACUUGCAUUCGGAAAACAACGUGAAACAUCACCAGACUCGAGCACUUCGCUACUCUAUUCACCGAUCUUUUCGCUUGUAGACUCCAUCACCAAUAUCACUCAGCGAAAGCCAAUCUUAGCUUAUUUGGCGAAAAUCGGCCGCUCAGUGCUCCUUUCGAGCCAUUCCCUUAGUCGAAAGUUCGAUACCAUUUCCAGGGCUUAUCUAGUGGGAUCCAUUAGGAUGUCUCCAUUGUUGAGAGACAAGUUUCUUGCUGGCAUUGUACAAAAGCUCACCGAUAUCGUGUUUUCUCGGACUCACGACGAUAUUCAGCCAGAGGACAAGAAUGACGAUACCAUCGAAGGUUUGGCUACUGUUUGGCUCUCGCUUUUACAAGGUGACCUACUUCCAGGAUCUCUACGGUGGGUAACUUAUAGUGGAGAAAGCGAGCAAGAUGUCAAAAAGUCGCUAGAGCAGUUUUUCGCCAUUUUUGACACAGACAGCAAAGACCACCGGGGUCCAUAUUCGCCAACAAGCAAGCUAAACAAGCUCUUAAUCAUAAGGCUUUUCGACUCAAUAAUUCUGGCCGUGUACCCGGAGCUAGUGGUCGAACCUGAGUAUUCUGCAGGAACUGUGAGUAGGCGAUAG